AUACACGGAACCCCUCCCCUGAGGCACCAAGCGUCCCAGGAGCCGGAAGCGGAAGUGUACGUCCUCGGGUCAGAUCCGCAGAAACGUUUCGUCGCUCUCCUGCUGUGGUGUGAGGUCUCAAGUGCAGUGCAGGAAGAACUAGUGUAGUCCAGGCAGCUGGGGACCUAGCACUACAGUCUUGCACAUCUGUAAAUCAAAUCACAAGGAAGGAUUUCAGCUGCUCCGACUGGUGUGUGGACCAAACAUUAUUCAUCUACUUCCAGACUGGUCAGUGCUCUGCUUCUAGUCCCAUCCCUCUUCCUGAAGUGGCUUCUUGGGCUCAAAGACUAUAUUCCCUUAGACCUCCAGAAGGUGGAGCAAGGAAAUGGACUCAGUGGUCGUUGAGGAUGUGGCUGUGGAAUUUAGCCAGGAAGAGUGGGCUUUGCUGGAUCUUGCUCAGAGGAAACUCUACAGAGAUGUGAUGAUGGAAACCUUCAGAAACCUGGCCUCAGUAGUCUCUCGAAACUUUAAUGAUGGAGAAAGGUUAUCCAGUGAACACAUAAUGGUGCGAUUCAUGAAGAAUAACAUCUGGUCCUCCAUGUUAGGAGCAAUCUCCGAAUCACAUGACAAUAAAGAGCAGCAUGAAAACCAGAAGAGAAGUUCGAGAAGUCGUACAGUAAAGAACCUCUGUGAAAGUAAUGAAGGCAAUUGGUGUGGGAACACCUUCAGCUGGAUUCCAAAUCUUACUGUGCUAAAAAGAAAUCCUUCAGAAGUAAAUCGCUUUGAAUGCUGUGAGCACAGAAAAGCCUUCAUGGAUCACCCAUCACAUAAGCAUCGUACCAGAUCUCACACUAGAUGCAAUACCUGUCAGUGUAAGGAAUGUGGAGAAACCUGCAGUUCUCCCUCUCACCUAACCACUUCUAUGAGAAUUCUUAAUCGAAAGAAACUCCAUAAAUGUAAGAAAAGCAUUGGAUACAUGACAUGAUUAUAUUCAUGGUGUCUGAAAGAAGAAUUAGG